AUGGACUGGCUGCACUGUAACUGCUGUUUCCGGCAGGAGGGGCGGAGCUUCGCCGUCUCCAGCUGUGGCCACAUCACCUGCGAGGGCUGCAUCAACCCCAAGCAGUGCAAUAUCUGCGGAUCCAGCUGUAAUUACCUCCCCAUCUCUGACAAGAUGAAGCCGCGAGAGCAGGUGUACUUUAAAGACCCAGUGAAGCUCCUUCAGUCUCGCCUGGAGCACAUAUCUCAGAUCGCUCUGUUUCAGCGUCGGCAGAAGGAGAGGGUGACGGCCUUCUUCAAACACAAGUCCCUGGAGCUGGAGAGGAGGCUGAAGGAGGUGAUGGAGCAGAGCUACAGGGAACUGUCAGCCCUGAAGCGAGAGAACGCAGAGCUGAAGAAGCCGCUGUCUCAGAGGAGGGUAUCUCCAGGGCAGUUUCAGACAAGCAGUUACGCCCCGCCUUCGCGUCUGCACCGCCAGACCCCCGGCUCGGUCGCCUCCCUCUCCAGCCUGAGCUCUCUGCGGGACCACGCCCCACGCACUCCCACAAACCCCAUGGGCACACCACACAGGCCAGGUCCAGUGACGCCCAACUUCUUCCAGUUUCAGUUUGGACCUGGGACGCUCCAGUCCCCCAUGACACGCAGUCAGUUCUCAGUGAGGGGUCUGCACAGGCCAGCUAACCCCUGA